AUGGAAUGGAAUGUAGUUCAUUUCGUUGAUGAUAAUGUCGUUGAGGCAAUACCAUCUAAUUGGGUGUUCGGUGACAUUUGUUAUUGGCCAUCUUAUAAAGGAACAAAAUUAACGCAAGCGAUAUCAUCUAAUUGUAUGUCUCCAAUAAUUGGUGAAUGGGAAGUAUGUAAAAUAUGGCAAUUGGCAAAUGGACAGAAAUAUGAUAAUUUGCUGAAAGCAAAAGUAAAGUGUGCGAAAGCAGAACAUACGUCAGAUCUUAAUUCAGAUUUAGAAAGUAAAAGACAAAGAAAUGAUUAUUCCGAAAAUGAUUAUACACAGAAUACAAAAUUGCCUUCUUCACCAUCUAAAAGUAUGUUGUAGUAUAUUAUACAGGGUGUCUGAUUCGAUAUGGACAAUUCCAAAGAU